AUGAAACCAACCCCAAUGGAGAACAAAACCUCUCUCAUUCUUUUCAUUACUCUGUUUUUAUCGUAUUUUACAGCACUGUGCUUCGGAAAGAACCAAAUCGAAGCUCUUUCCCAUCUGUAUAAAGCCAAGCUAAGGAGAAAUUCAACAGUGGACACAAGCCAUUUCAAUGCCAGCCACAAUUUUCUUAACCCAAAAGUUGAUCCGCAAAACGAGAUGAAAGAGAAAGAUAGGAUAGAGAAAUUGCCUGGACAACCACCUGUUCGAUUCAAACAGUAUGGUGGAUAUAUUACAGUGGAUCAAAAGGCUGGUAGAGCAUUUUAUUAUUACUUUGCAGAGGCUAAGCAUUCUAAAGAGUCUUUGCCUCUUCUUCUUUGGCUCAAUGGAGGCCCGGGUUGUUCGUCUCUUGCCUAUGGAGCAAUGCAAGAGCUAGGACCCUUCCGAGUUAAAAGCGAUGGGAAAACCUUGUUCAAAAAUAAAUUUGCUUGGAACUAUGCUGCAAAUAUGUUAUUUUUGGAGUCUCCAGCCGGUGUCGGGUUCUCAUAUUCAAACACAACUUCUGAUUAUAAGAAGAACGGAGAUCGAAGAACAGCCAAUGAUAAUUUAGUUUUCUUAUUGAAUUGGCUGGAGAGAUUUCCAGAGUACAAAAACAGAGAUUUCUACAUUUCUGGAGAGAGCUACGCGGGUCAUUACGUACCUCAAUUGGCUCAUAACAUUCUCUAUCAUAACAAGAAGGCCAAGAGGAACAUAAUUAAUCUCAAAGGAAUCAUUAUUGGAAAUGCGGUAAUCAAUGACGAGACAGAUACAAAAGGGAUGUAUGAUUAUUUUGCAAGCCAUGCUAUAAUUUCUGAUGAAACUUGGAAUAAAAUCCAAAAAUACUGCGAUUUCACCCCCAACUCCUCUGAAGAAUCUGAUGAAUGCACUGAUGCUACUGAUGAAGCAGACACAAAUGUUAAUAGUAUUGAUAUCUACAAUAUCUAUGCUCCCUUGUGCUCUAAUACCAGCAUUACCGACGAGCCCAAAAAGGCUUCAAUUGUAAAUAUGGAUCCAUGCAGUGACUAUUAUGUGUAUGCUUAUUUGAAUCGGCCUGAUGUUCAAGAAGCACUUCAUGCCAAUGUUACCAAAUUAGAUCAUGAUUGGGAGCCAUGCAGCGAUAUCAUAACAGACUGGAGUGAUAGUUCAUCGACAAUUCUUCCUCUACUAAGAGAGUUUAUGGCCAAUGGACUUCGAGUAUGGAUAUUUAGUGGUGACACGGAUGGAAGGGUUCCAGUAACUUCGACGAAGUAUUCUAUUAAGAAGAUGAAACUUGCCGUAACAACUUCAUGGCAUCCUUGGUUUAUUAGUAGAGAGGUUGGUGGAUAUACACAAGUUUAUGAAGGAAACCUAACAUUUGCCACGGUUAGAGGGGCAGGGCAUCAAGUCCCUAGUUACCAACCUGCUAGAGCUCUUUCACUGAUUAUGCACUUCCUUGGCGGAACUGCGCUCCCCAAUUCUUCUAGACAAUGA